UGUACUCCCCACCAAAAAUAUCCUACAAUGACGCCCAUAUAUCUUUUUCUAUUCCACCUCCUCACCAUGACAGCCAUUGUAAACGCCGCACCCAUGACACCCAAAAACACUUCCGGAUGGUCCAAAGAAGCUGUGUUAACACUAGCCGGUGUUUGUGUAGCCAUCUUAGGAAUCUUGGUCGGCCUGGUAAUCUCACCUAGAGCGAGACGAUGGCUAUGUAGCCCAUUUACAUACUUUUCCCAUCACAGACGCGCGACUGAGCGACGUCGACACCCGAAUACAGGAUACCAGUUACGAGAUUACUACGAAGACUAUAUAAGAUUCCUCGAGUUUAUGGACUUGCGCACGCAAACGGAAAGGCAUCGUUCGGAAUGAUGUUCAAGAUGAAAACAUCGAUUGGGCCCUCCUUAAUGUUCUACAACCACACGCAUAACGGCUUACACUACACCAUCUUCUCUUCUUCACUUACUGACUUAAUAAAAAAACUUAUUAGACUAUUACGCAUAUAGUUUUCACGCUAACGUAACUAUCCCACAAUGAACUCUUUCACAAGUAC